GCCAAGAGUCCAGCUGCUUGCUGGCUGGCGAUCCCCAGACUUCCUUGUUGUGAGUCCGGCCUGGCAGUGUCCGGGGGACCGCCACCCCUGCACCUGGUCGGUCACCCUAGCCCCGCACGCCCUUCGCUCUCUAUCAUGCCCAACCCCAGCAGCACCUCCUCUCCCUGCCCCCUCCCUGAGGAAAUUAGGAACCUGUUGGCAGAUGUUGAAACCUUUGUAGCAGAUAUCCUGAAAGGGGAAAAUUUAUCCAAGAAAGCAAAGGAAAGGAGAGAAUCCCUUAUUAAGAAGAUAAAAGAUAUAAAAUCCACAUAUCUUCAGGAAUUUCAAGACAAAGGUGACAUUGAAGAGGGGGAAGAAUAUGAAGAUCCUUUUACUGGGCCUGUAGACACUAUUUCCUUAGCCUCAGAGCGGUAUGACAAGGACGAUGAUGCCCCCUCUGAUGGUAACCAAUUUCCUCCAAUUGCGGCACAAGAUCUUCCUUUUGUUCUAAAGGCUGGCUACCUUGAAAAACGCAGGAAAGAUCACAGCUUCCUUGGAUUUGAGUGGCAGAAACGGUGGUGUGCUCUCAGUAAAACAGUGUUCUAUUAUUAUGGAAGUGACAAAGACAAACAACAGAAAGGUGAAUUUGCAAUAGAUGGCUAUGAUGUCAGAAUGAAUAACACCCUUAGGAAGGAUGCAAAGAAAGAUUGCUGUUUUGAAAUCUGCGCUCCUGAUAAACGUGUCUAUCAGUUUACAGCAACUUCUCCCAAAGAUGCAGAGGAAUGGGUACAGCAGCUGAAAUUUGUAUUACAAGAUAUGGGAUCUGAUAUCAUUCCUGAAGAUGAUGAUGAUGAAAGAGGAGAAUUGUAUGAUGACGUCGAUCAUCCUCUACCCAUUAGCAGUCCACCAACAAGUAGUCAGCCAAUAGAUGAUGAAAUUUAUGAGGAACUUCCAGAAGAAGAAGACAGUACUUCCAUGAAGAUGGAAGAACAAGACAAGAGGAGUCUGGAUGGCAGGCACCAAACUUCAGGAGAUAAAAGCACUGAUUAUGCUAAUUUUUACCAAGGUUUGUGGGAUUGUACUGGAGCUCUUUCUGAUGAGCUGUCUUUUAAGCGUGGUGAUGUGAUUUACAUUCUCAGCAAGGAAUACAAUAGAUAUGGCUGGUGGGUAGGAGAAAUGAAGGGAGCCAUUGGCUUGGUGCCUAAAGCCUACAUAAUGGAGAUGUAUGAUAUUUGAGAGCCCUGGGGAAGAAAGAGUGUUCUAGCUGUGUGCAAGUGCUGUGGAUUUAGAAGCCUCCUGCAAGCCUGAGUGAGAGCUUGGAGCCAGUCUUUAACUUUUAUUCUAUAUGCUUUUGUUUAUUGAAAUAAUCCUCUGCUGUGAAAUGAAAUAAGAGGUAUUGAUUAAAUUAGAUGCAAUUGGGAAAGUCAUACCUGUUGCUGUUUUUCAAAGAAAUAAUUAUAGUGUUUAUUUCCCUAUUUAAUUUAUGUGAAGGAUUAGUUGCUUUUGUGUAUAGAGCAUAUUGUCCCUGUGACUUCCUGUAUAAGUUGUCAUUUCUAGUCAUUGGGUAUCAGAGUGUGAAAUAACUUUAUAGAAUUUUAAUUUUUAUCAUGCAAGAUUAUGAUAGCUGUAUAGAGGAUUUUCAUUAGUAAUUUUUUCACACAAUAGUUACAUGUUUUCAUGAAAUAAAUCUCACAGAUUGUAAAAUUUACUUUUUGUUAACUAUAGCCACAGGGAAGAAAAAUAAGAUAGAAUUACAAAUGGCAACAUGAGUACAUUACAAAUUAGAACCAGGUCUGCAAUGCCCUUCACCAAUAGCAAAUACUGAUUGGAUAAUAGGCUUCCCAACAUUUUCUACCAUAGUUUUACUUACAUUUAAUAAUAAAAGAUCCAUCAGAAACCACAUACUACCAUUAAUACAAUGGUAUAAGCAGUCUCAAUGUCAUUUCGUAGUAAGAGGGCAUAGUCUGUCUUACCCUGCUUUAUCCUUGUUAUAUUAUUAAGGUCCUACAGUAAAACAGCAGAUCCCAAGUCUCUCUCCCCAGUGUAUCUCAGCACUGAAAAGGAAAGGAAGGUUCUGAGCGGAAUUGUAGAACGCAGAGGAGUGCUGUGUACCAACAGGUGAACAGAAGGCUAGUGUUCUGAGUUAAAUACUCUGCUCCUCCAGCAGGAUUUUCAGAAUCCAGUUUAACCCUUGUAUUUUUUAAAUCAGAGAUAUUCUAACUGUUGUUGGCAGUACUGCAACCAAAUAAGCCUUAAUGUGUAUCAAAAUGCAUUAGUGACUGGAUAAGUACUUAAAAUAGACAUAACUUCAUACCGAAUCAUUACCUAGCAGGUACUACAUUGGCUGAGUUUUUUUCACCUUUAAUUUAUGGAGGAAAAGAUUCUAACCAUGCGAACAAGCUGAUGAUCUUUUUAAUACUUCUAUUUUAUGUAAAACUAUUGACAAACAAUAUUAAGUAAUGUUUAUGUCACUGUUAUCCUCUAAAUACCAUGAUAUCAGUUGCACAUGUAAAAAAUAAAUUAAUUUUAGAGAUUGUGAGUAAACUCAAAUUUAUAUAUACAGUCAAGUUAAAGUUUUCUGAAAUUAACUUUUUACUGCUACCUUUUUUCGUAAGGUAGUACCACUAAAAUAGAUUGAAAUAAUCUUGGCAAAAAUUAGACAUCUGGAGAUGAACUUAGUGGAUUGUUUUUUUCAAAGCCUGCCUGGCUAAAAAGCAAAAGGGGUUGUUUCCGUUGACAGCCUAGCCUGGUUUGUGGACACAGGUUUGUGUGUCUGAAUUACAUGGCCAGUAGAUGGCAGCAGAUUGUCAUUGCAUCCAGAGCCGCUUGGAGACCCCCUCCCCCACUCAGGCACAGUCUUACCCAGAACAUGAACUGGUGAGGAGAGUUCUGCCUCCUUUUUACAGCUAAUCCAGGAGAGGGAGUCCUUCUCCAACUGAUGACCAACAAUUAGAAGCCAGAUCACAUUCUCUGUGAAUGGCCACCACAUAGAAAUAUAGAGUGUGAGUUCUGUCCAGGGCUCCUCUGGCCUUUGUUCUUUUUAAAACUUGAAUACAUGUGGGAAACAGAAA